AUGCGCACUAUGAGGAUCGGAUUAAGGCAUUUCCUCUACAAGAUAAAACAGGUCGACUCCGACCGCUGCGGGUGUGAAUUAGGCUCUCAGACGCCGAAACACGUCCUUAUGGAGUGCUCGCUACACCUCGCUGGUCGGAGAAUAAUGACGGAACGCCUCGACUCUAUCGAGGGGCUGCGUGGGCGUAUGCAAGACUACGACGCAGUCAUGAAUCACCCGCAGGCGAUACGCUACGUCGCCGAAUUCAUGCAACGAACAGACCUCCUCCAGCAGUUUCAAUUCGCUACUUUCAACGACGAUAAAGACGAGGGGCCCCCAGAACCCAGCACUCUCCUAGAGGGACUCGAUCUAAACGAGGAAGACGAUCGUUAUAUAGAACACUAA